CGCUCGAUGUCUGUUGUGAACGCAGCGGACUAUCUCCGGCCCCACCAACACCGAACGACGCGGCGCGCUUUCCCGCCAACGUUCGCCCACAGCUGGCGCAGUUGACAGAAAAUUCCGUCAUGGAUGGCUGCCGUAAAGAGAUUGAUCCCUGACCAGCGCCGUGGGUAUCGAUGGCAGAGGUACGGACUGGUGGCGGCCCUCCUGCUGAGUGUGACGAGUUUCUUCACGUGGCUGGCAGCUCCACCCAAGCUUCCCGAUGUUGUCAUCCUGCCACCGUUGAUCAUCGAUGAACCGUUCAUGCCCCGGCGUGGAGCGCGUAACAUUAUUUUCGUAGAGACCACUUGUGCCAUCGAGAAUGUGUCGUGGUCUGGGCUGAGACCGAGACAAGCAUGUGCUGUGGAGUCUGCAGCACGGCACCAUCCUGGGUGGCAUAUCUAUGUGCUGCACACGUGUGUUACACCCCGCCCUGUCCGUUGGGUGCCAGCGGGUGCCACAGCAGUGUAUGUGCCUCUGGCAGAGUUCCUGAGUGACACGCCACUAUACACGCCACUCAUAGAGCAAGGCGCUCUUGCUGCCAGUCACUGGCCAAUAGAACAUGCUUCUGACGUGAUGCGACUGGUGGCGCUAUGGAAAUAUGGCGGUGUCUACCUGGACCUCGACUUUGUCGUACUCAGGCAGUUAUCAGAACUGGGUGAGAACUGGGCUGGUGCUGAGGACUCUGCAACAGUAGCCAACUGUGCACUGUCCUUGUCUGCACGGCCUGACAGUGCAGGUCCUGAGGUGGCUGCUGCUUGCCUGCAAUCACUAAGGGAUUGCUUUGAUGGUGAACAGUGGACACACAAUGGACCUGCUCUCCUUACACGCAUCCUUGCACAGCGAUGCAAUGCUGAUAGUACAGCAGCUAUGGCAGAUUGUGGUGGCUUUCGUGUGCUGCCAGCAGCACUAUUUUUCCCAGUUCAUUAUAACUCAUGGCAGAUGUACUUCUCAGAGGAGGAUGCAAACACAACACUUGCCAAGCUGGAAACAGCGUAUGCUGUUCAUGUAUGGAACAAGCUAAGCAGAAUCAGCCGCAAAACACUCCCUCACUCUGCUUAUGCCAAGAUUGCACGUGUGAACUGUCCUGAUGCCUAUGAAAGUGCACUUGACGGCUUUUGAAAAUGUUUUCUGUGAUAAGUGACAAAAAAACUGGACUUUUAAUCAAAGAAUGUGAACAGCAUUGAGAAACACUUGUACUUUAUUAACUGCAGGUUUUAGUUAUUUAUUUAAUUUAUUUUUUAAGAAUUUUCAAUGAGAGUAUGGCCAAAGCUCAAUAUAUUUAUUAUUUCCUAAGAUAGUUAUAAGUAACUAUGAAAAGUUACUAUUUUCCCAUACCAGUACCGAAUUUACCCUUAUAAGGGCUUUACUUUUAUAUGAUGAUUCAGUCAGUCAUUUCAUUUUAAAUUUUAGUGUCCACUAUGAUUAAAACCACAUUAGAAACCAUGAAGCUGUGAUUAAUUUUCAUAAACUUUUAGCAGUUGCAGAGGAUGUUAUCAUUGUAGCAACACUUGUGAAAAAUUUGUUAAUUGUGAUUCUUCAGCUUUUCAAUACACUAAAAGUCAAGAUUGGUAUUUCUGAGAAAUCAAGAUAAAUGGGCAGAGCCUCUAAAAUAUCAUACAGCAUCUCAACAAUAGAUAUGAGAGUCACAAUUAUUGUUAGGGCUAGAACUAUUCUCUCGAAGAGUCCACCAACAUUUUUUUAAACAAGUGAAUUUUUUCACUGACUUGCUGUAACACAUUGGAAAUUUGUUUAAUAUUGUAUUUAAAUUAAUAUAAGCACAUGCAACAGUCUUUUAGAAAAAGAAAAACACCAACAGCAUAUUGUUUUACAUUUAAUAAGGUUGUACCCGUUUAACAGUCCUAUGACUUACCUUAAAUUGCAGCUUUAUAUUUAUAAUCAUGAUCACUUAGUGGAAAAAAGAACAAAAAAGCCAGACAGUAUGCACUGUACACUAUAAAUGUGAUGCUUCACAUAAACAGUACAAGCUUACAUUAUUACUUUAACUUUCUUUUUUUCUGCAAUAGGAGGGAUUUAUUGAUUCCCUAUGAAGUUAGUUUUUUCCCUAUGAAACUUGAGACAUUUCAAAAGGCUCAUGUUUUCAUCUAGAUAGCCACUAAUUGUAACAAAAGUACAUCAUUCAAUAAAAAAAAUACAUAAAUGUAUCUCCUAUCCUUGUGCAAGGUAUUUGAUUUGAUGCCACUUUCUGUGGUAAUUUCAGUGCUUAUAUUAUUGUCUGAUAAGGUGGAUUAACUACACAUUGUUAUGAUUUGCUUAUUGAUGAGAUAAAGUGGUCGGCUGUUUGUCAUUUUAAAUGUGAAGAUGUUAUUAAUUCAAUAAGGAAUUACAACUAGCUUUUGUUGUAUACAUAUAGAGUGAAGUGCUGUGUAUGCAAAUGAUUUUUACUGGUAUAAUAAUUCUUAAAUUUCCUGGAGACAUUAACUGUGUUAACAGAAUUUAAACCUUAGUGCUUAUCUCCCUUCUAAAAAAAAUACAAUUAUGAAGUAAUUUGAUAUUAAAAUUUGCUAAAAGAAAGUGUGGUGCUGGUGUUAUCAGCUACUUUACUAUUAUGUAGGCCCUUUCAUUGUUACUAUAUGUGCUCAAUUUUCCUGAUUCAGUGUGGAGUAAAGCUUUGGUUAACUAAUUUUAAAGCUGAUGAUGUGCACCUUUUCACCAAGAACUGUCAUCCACUAGACAACCAUUCAUGUACAUAACUAUUUCUGAAACUGGACAGGAGCUGUAUCAGAAGAUGAGGAUAAGGUGUAUGUUUUACAUGACACAAUCAUGUUACAGUUUAACAAUUAAUGCCUCAAAUCUCCACUGAUACAGGUCCAGUACCUUUCAGCCCCAGAUACUCCUGUUUGUAGGACUAGGCAUAAAAUUUCAUUUUUAAUGACUUGCAUCAGUUACUUCUUCUGUCAAUCUGCGAUAUAAUAUAUGUCUCAUAGAACAUCUGACAGGAAGACAAGGUUUUUUGUACGCCUAAAUACCAUUUACUAAUGAAAACAUCACAGUACCUUAGCAAUGAUACUGAACUGGGAUUGUAAACAGGAACUGAUCUAAUUUCAUCAGAGAGUUAUUCUGCAAUGUUAGGAUAAUAAAACUUUUUAUUUUUCAUUGUUGUUAAUUAAUGAUCAUGUUAAGAAAUGUAGUCAACUGGAAAAAGCACUGUGUAUGUGAUUCUGAAGGCCAAUUUGUAGUCUCUUCUUAGAAUGAAAGUGUUAUAUAUUUUGUCUGCUUUCAAGGGGAAAAAACUAUACUAAAAUAAUGCCAUGUAUGACUAUUUUGUAUGAAUCCUAGAAAAUGUUGCCAAUUUAAAACAAAAUGUUACGGCAUUCAUAUCAAGUAAUGCUGCCUUACAGAAUUUAUAUUUUGUAGAUUUUGGUGCACUGAUACCAGUAUUUAGGGCUCAUAUUUUGUGAAAACCUACAGAAAAGGACGAUUUAUUUGUCUGCCAUACUUGCAAAUUCCUAAAAUAA